AUGUUAUCCAAGUUACAAUUAGUCAGAAACUACACUAUUAGUGCCAUCGAUAAGCCAGGCAAGUUAUCUACUUUGAUUAUUAAAGUCCAUGCCGGUUCCCGUUACAGUCCAAAGGAUGGUGUAUCCCAUCUUCUAAGUCGUUUUAACUUUCAAAAUACUAACGCCAAAUCAUCCCUAAGAUUAGUCAGAGAAUCAGAAUUGUUGGGGGGCCAAGUCGAAUCUAAGGUCUGCAGGGAAUAUAUCACUUUGAAGGCAAAUUUCUUAAAGGAACAAUUGCCUUAUUUCGUCGAAACUCUGGGGAACGUCCUAUAUAAAACCUCUUUUAGACCACACGAAUUGAUUGAAUCCGUUAUCCCUGCUGCAAAACACGAUUUGCAUGAAGCCAAUAAAGAUCCAAUUUGGAAAGCUAACAACCUAUUAUACCAAGUAACUUAUAGAAAUGAUGGUCUUGGUAAGCCUGUCUUCUACGAUGGGGUGGAAAAUGUUACUUUAGAAGAUAUCAAAGAUUUUGCCAACAAAGUUUACACCAGAGAGAAUAUUGAGAUUCAUGGUGUGGGUAUCAAUGCUAACGACUUAAACAGAUUCGUCACUGACUCCCUAAUUAACAGUUUACCUGUUGGUAAGUCUUUGAAAUCUUCUGUUGAACCAAAAUGCUUCAUUGGUGAAACAAGAUUAAGAUCAGCUGGUGAGUCCGUCGCUGCCAUCUCAGUCCCAUUAAAUAAGGCAAACAUCGCCACUUACCAAGUGUUGUCUACUUAUCUGAACUCCUCCUUGUUCCCACAUAUUGUUAAGGCAGAGUUUGCCACCUUUGACAACAAUACCUAUGGUUUGUUUAAACUGUUUGUUAAGAAUGAAGAUCCAGAUGUCGUUACCAAAGAAAUCAAAGAAGUUGUCUCAACAUUAAAGAAGGGUUUAGAUAUCUCUGGGGCUGUUACCUUGACUAAAUCACAAUUCCCUACUGAAUCUCUUGCUAAGGAUCUAGAAAAAGUGAAAUUAUUCAAGUUAGGUGAUUUCAGUUUUGUAGCACUUGGUAAUGUCUCCAAAUUACCAUUCAAAGAUGAUUUAUAG